AUGCGAUUGUUAAAUGUCUCAACUCUCUCCCUACAAGAGUUCAUUGGCCGAGUCCCGCCAUAUGCCAUACUCAGUCACACAUGGGGUGAACAAGAAGUUCUGUUCAGCGACAUUGGUACUUCAGCAGCCACCUCAAAGCAGGGCUAUGCCAAACUCACCGGCUACUGCAGCAAAGCAGCUCAAGAUGGCUUCGAUUGGGUCUGGAUAGAUACUUGCUGUAUCAACAAGUCCAGUAGCGCUGAGCUCACUAAAGCCAUCAACUCCAUGUACGCCUGGUAUCAGAGGGCGACUGAGCUGAUUGCACCACAAACUGUUGAGCUCUGCUCCAAGGAAUGGAAUGUCAUGGGAACAAAGAGGAGCCUUGCUUCAGGCAUAGGCAGCGUCACAGGAAUACCCAUCUCAGUACUUCGUGGAGCGAAUCCGUCUACGUACGACAUCGCCGAGCGAAUGUCAUGGGCUUCAGCCAGAACCACAACCAGAGAAGAAGAUUCGGCCUACUGUCUUCUGGGUCUGUUCAACGUCAACAUGUCCCUGCUCUACGGUGAGGGGUCGAAAUCGUUUCUAAGACUCCAGGAACAGAUCCUCAAACAGGAAGAAGACUAUAGCAUUUUUGCGUGGACGCUACAGCAAGACAAUGGUCCAGUCAGUCAUUAUGUUCGCGCCACUGGAUUUCUGGCUUGGUCACCUGCGCAGUUUUCCAAGGCUGCUACAGCAAGGACAAGUAUCCCAUUGCGAGGACAGGAGCUGCAGGACUCGGGGAGCUACACACCUGCUCAUCCUUCAAAAGAGGCUAUUGGAAACAAGCCAAUAUACCAGGUCCUUCAUCAGAAAGACUACGACCGAAUUUUUCGCAGCUUUGACAGUAUCAAGGCCAUGAGAACAGCACCCAACCCUCCUGAACUCACAAGUCGCGGUCUGCAUGUCAGCCUUCCUGUCAUGACACCCACGAGCCACUCUCUGCCAGCUCCAACUCUUGCGUGGCUCUUUUACGAAGUCCAAGAUCUUCUUGUAUGUGUGUUUCUCGACCACAAUCGUGAGACGUUGGCCCAGGUCCACUGCAGGGCAGAGUCGACAUGCCUCGUCGGCGUACCGAAAUCACUCCUGAACCUCUUUGAGUCGACUGAGCUGUUCAUCCAUCCAAGUGGAUAUUUUGCAGAUAGCAACACUGGAUACUCUCCAACGUCUCUUUUCUCAUCCAAACGAGUGAAACUAUUAUUGAAGAUGCAAUCGUCUCAAAUGUCUUCUCUCCGUGUUGUACUGGCUUAUCCUAACGACGAGUGGAUGAAACGGGAGAUGUCGAUGCACGACUUUUCAUUCAGAGUCAUGUGGGUUUGUUGCACCCAAGGGCCGCAAUCUUCACUCUUGAGAAUCGAUUUCACGAUAUCAAGCGACAACGCUUCGUGUUCUAUUCGUGAACUGCCCGACUCGCAAACCAAUGGCAAGAUGGACGAGGCUCGCAAAAGUGCCUUACUCCGCGCAUGUGCACAGUACAAGAAGUCUUUCCUCGCUCAUGCGGAUCGGUCUGUAAAGAGGUCCGUCAGGCUACCGGGGACUGUCUUUUCGACUGCUUUGAAUCGGAAGCCUACAUCUAAAGAUAACCUUGUGGUUUAUGAGAUGAGGGUCGACGCAUGGAAUUCGGUCAAGUGUCCGAGUUGGGUUCAAUUGAGUCUUAUGCAAGACCAGAAGGAAGUUGACGAUGGGUUAUAG